AUGCCUGAGCUUUCCUCUGCGGCACCCUGUCAAGUCCCUCUGUCUCCAGUCCUCCAGCAGCCCCCCUGGAGCAGGCUUCUACAUCUCUGUCCUCACAGCUCCUGGACUGGAAUAAGGGGUGAAGGGCUUCUAGUGAGGAAUAGCGAGUGCAGUUCUCUCCUGCACGGGAUUCGGAUCACUACAGUUCCCGUGGAGGCUCAUGCUAAGCUUGCACCUGCAGCAGAGGCUCUGAAGGUGAAGCCCGAGGCUGUGUCUCCCAGGCUGCUGCGGUUUAACCCGACACAGAGCACGGUGUCCCUCGCGAAGCCGCUUUGCGUUUUCGACAGCGUGAAGCCAACGAAUGAAAUGAUGGUAGAUGUAUACGUUGUCCACAGCCUCUCGGCCACUCUGACCUUUGAGACUGGGAAAACGUACAAGGAGACGAAUGGAGGGACAGAGACUCCUUAUAAGGCUACAUCCUUCGGGAUCCCAAACUGCACCUCUCCACCAAACCCUGCAGACCUGUCUGUUCCCCAGAGAAUCGAUAAGACUUUAGAUGAGUACUUGGUCCGUAUUGGCAGCAACCCGACAUGCGUGGGGGAACCGGAGGCUGAAGCCUUUUGUAAUGCGCCGCUCUCCGAUGGCACUUCGUACAGGUUUAAAUAUUUGCUUGUAAAUGGGACUACAACUAUAGCAGAAACCGAAUGGUCAGAGUCAAUCCUAACAAGAAAGGCUCUGAGCCCUGAUGAAAUUGACACCUGGAUUGGGAAGAGAAGUGGAGGCGGGAUAGUUGUCACUGUCAUCCUGAGUCUCCUGCUGUUUCUGCUGCUUGGGGCUGCCAUUUUCAUGGGAGUACUGGAUGUGAUCCAUCAUGUGAAGGGCAGAGGGUCCCAGGAUGUGACUAUGAGAUCACACACCUGUUACUCAACUGUAAACAAGCGCAUGUCCAUGGGUGAGGUUAACGUUCAAACAUAAAGGAGGAAGAGAUACUUGCAGAUGAUGACUCAUCUUCAAACAGGGCUGUCUACUAUCUUGGGCACUGACAUAUCAAGGCAGAAAUGUAGAUAACCCAUUGAUUAUUAAGAAUUCAGAAGACUUCACAGGUUCUAUAAAUGUUUUGGUGUUUUACUAUUACAUUUAUUUUCUGUUUUAUCCCAAUUAUUCUUGACCGUUUUGGUAAUCGCUGCAGGCUGUUUUGAAUAAAAUUUGUUACUUCAGGA